UUAAAAACACAGGCACGCCCCUAUGUGCUUGUGUUGACAAAAACAGAGAAAGACGCUGGCCGAAGAAUUUAAGCAGGAAAAUAUAAAUUGUUUUAAAUUUAAAUAAUUUUGUCAGAAACAGAGAAAGGUCUCGUUUGUAUUUUUGUGUCUCGAAGAGAUUGUGAUGUUUUUGUGGGACUAUAUUGUUAACUGGCUGCGGCCCUGGUUGCUAUGGUAUUUCCGGCCGCUGAUUAAGUGGUUUCUGAGGAAGAGCACCAAGCUUUGUGAACUUCAGAGGAUUUGCUAUGGCGACAUACAGGGUGCUGAUCGCACCCUCAACGUGGAAACGUCCCUUCGUCUUUCAAGACGUCCAGAAAUCAGAGCCCUUGUCAAUAUGCUCGAUAAUGUGCACAAAGAAGUCAUCUUACGGAGAGAUUUUGUUCACUACUCUGUCUACACGGUGCUCGUCCUCAAGAAAAUCCACCCCCAAAUUCAUCCCCAGUUUGCACCUUCUUUUUCUCGGUGCAUAGAGCAGUUGCAUGGAUACGAGACUUUGAAAAGGGACGUCGAGACCCUUCGUCUGCAGCAGUAUGAUGCGGAAAAUGCAGAACACGAAGCCAAGUUGAAGAAACUGUGGGAGGCUCUGAUGCCAGACACGCCGCUCGAGUCCAGGGUCACCAAGCAGUGGCAGGACAUUGGAUUUCAGGGGGACGAUCCCAAAACCGAUUUCCGAGGAAUGGGCAUGCUGGGCCUUGAGAAUCUUCUGUUUUUUGCCACCGACUACAGUAAGGCUGCUCGCCAGGUGCUUUCUCAUUCCCACCACCCAAACUACGGUUAUUGCUUUUCAAUAGUCGGCAUAAACUUGACCAGCAUGGCUUACCACAUGCUUAAAGACGGCUCCGCCAAGACCCACAUUUUCAACAUAGGCUACAGUCUACCUAACAUGCGUCUCUUUCACCAGUUGUAUUGCUACCUUUUCUACGAGUUUGACAAGUUCUGGAUGGAGGAGAAGCCGAGGGACAUAAUGGAGUUCAAUCCAAUUAGAGACAAGUUCGAGAAAAUUAUUCGGCAGAAUUUGGCAAAAAGGGACACUCUGUUCAAAAUUAAUUUGUACAUCGACAAUAUUUGAAAUGCUUGUUAAAUUUUUAAGUUACGAAGUGUUUAUUGCUAAUUUUAUUUCACGGCUGUGUUUUUGGUUAAAUUUUAUAUUUUUUCUGUUAAAGAGUGCUGUAUUUUACCCUGUAGUAUUUAUAUUGCUCUAAGCAAUUUUUUGUUAUUUUUGUGCCAUAUGAUCUGAUUUUAUUAUAGUUUAUAAUAAUAUUAGGAUUAAGUGGGUUUGAAGCCUACUUAGGCAAUUUUUGUGAGAAAUCUACAGCACGCUGCACUGGUGUGAUGUAAGUUGGUGCACUGUGAUUCAAUUUGAUUUGAUUUUGACUGAUUCUGAACAUUCUUGUGGCAAUAUGUAAAUUAAAGUGCAUUGCACAUUUUCACUUUGAAAAUAU